AUGGCCGAGCCGCCGACCCGUGCCCGAGCCGCCGACCCGUGCCGAAACGGCCAUGGACACAAGCAACCUUCCGCCGACAUCAUCCUCAUGCUCUGCCGCACAUUACUUCCCGAAUCGGCGCCGCGUCUGGCAAGCAUGCACCAACUGCCGAGCCCGCAAGACGCGGAUUCGAACCAGCCACGCAUCGAUCACAAUACUCGAAUCAUGCUGGAGCGUAUUCAAAUGCCCGAAGAUCGGUUCUUCUCCGCCCCAGUCUUCGAUAUCUUCUUCACCCAGGACGCGCAUGCAGCGCCGAGCCUGUGCCCGCCGGAAUCUCGGAGGCUCUCCAACAAGCAGGAUCUCGCUUCUUCUGGUGUUAUGGAAUACUACCGCGAACUCAUCCAGACAUACUCUGACGAACAACUCUCCCCCCGCGCCGCGACGGCCACGAGCCCCGCCUCGUCAUCCCUCGACCGCACCGAGGCGCUCGUCGCCUUCCAGAUCAGCACCAACGCUGCCAUCCGCCGCUUCCUCAACAGCCUCCUCCGCAUCACGGAGGACCUCUGGUCCUUCCACGGCGCCAUCUACCGGACCCUCCCCGGCUUUCUCCUCACCAGCAGGCCGCGCAAGCCCACGGGGUCGCCCGCCACCCCGGGCUUCCCGUCCUACAUCAUCCACCGCCCGUUCAUCGAGUACGUCCUCCUCAACGUCGGUCACUUUGCGACGCAUCCGUGCCGCGAGGCCGUGCUGGAGCGGUGCCAACUGUGUCUGCUCGGGUGCCAGGUGUUCAUCCAUGUCUUUGACGUGGAUCCCACCAACAGCGUGACGGGGCCCUCCGCCGCGGGCAUGGUGACGUUCGCGAUGGUUAUCAUCUUGAGAGUGGCAACGAUGUGUCCUGUGUUUUGCGAUAUUCUGCCGGCAGAGAUUGAGCGUGCCAUUGUUGUCGGUGGGCGGAAUCUGCGUCGGUUCAGUGGAAGUGUCAGGGAGUUUGAGUGGCAUCUGGGCGUCUUGGAGAAACUGGAAGAAUCUUGUCGCAGGAAUAGGGGCGAUGAAUGA